AUGAUCCGCUGUAAGCACACAGGCUGGCUGCGCGCCGCAACCAAGGACCAGACAUACGUUGUAGAGACCACGGACCGUGCUCAGAGACUGCUGGACGGCCUGCCACGUCCGGACAGCCAGUACCCGAGUACACUCGUGCUAAUAGGAAACGCGACCAAGCGGGUCGUCAUGAAAAGGCUCGGCGUGGACAUCACCACGCCUAACACAACCCGGGGCCACGGCGAGAUCCAUCUUUCCCUCGCCCCGGUAGGCGCGUCCGGCGCAAGGCCCACGCUAAUUGCCGACGCCGACAUCCCACCCCAUAAGCGGCUCGGAAGGCCAAGAAAAUCCACGCUCUGCCAUGAACUCGUAGCAAGACCGCUGUCGAACCCUCACGGUGAAGCCAUACCGUCCACGGUAGCGGAGUUCUCCGACCAUGUCUACAGUCGCAUGUUCCUCCCGUUUGCCGAUGCUGUCUGCUUUUUUGCCGACGACCUUGGCGGCGUAGAGACCGUCGCCCAGCGGCUUGCGUCGUGGCUGGAGAUGGGCACACCGUCUACGUCGUCGGUGCGGCCCUGGUUGGUGAUUGUCACGAACGGCGGCGAAGAAAGCUCUACACGUAGCCAGUUGUUACAGGCCAUCCGCAAGAGGACAGACACCCACGUGUCCGAACGCUUCCACGGCGUCCGCGUCAUCAGCCUGGCCGACACGACUCCCAAGUCCCUGCGACGCCAUCUGCAUUCUCUCCGCUGGGACAUAUUACACAACGAGCUUUCCUACAUGGCCGAGACGAAACGGGUCGAGCGCGUCCUCGCCAGCUGCCUCUUCUCGGCCACCCAUCUGGCCGGUCUUCUCCGCCACGCCGCGGAGCACGCUGGCGGUGCCGGCGCGCCGCCCCUCAACUUUCUCGCCGUCUCUCGGCUGGACAACCCGGUGGCGGCAGAUCUGCAAGCGCACCUCGCGCGUUUCCUCAUGCACUGUGACUCCGUCGACGAUUUGAAGAGAUUCGCCGUGCCAGUCAUCGCCUCCAGCAUUCUGCUAGACCAGUACCCCCCGGGCAUGCAUCUCUUCGAUCCGCGCGAAGUCUUCCAAAUGUUCUACAAGGACGUCUGCCACAACGUGUGCGGCACCGCCGUCCUCGCGCACGAAGGGUCCACCGACUUCGUCUUACCGUCCCAGUUCUCCAAGAUGAUCGAAGACCAGAUGACCCACAUGUUCCGGCAGCUGAAGAUGGGCCAAAGCUCAGCGUCACUCCACCGACAGCUUGCUGCCGCCUUCACGAAGGACUGGGCCAGGUUUCGAUCCGACAGCACAUGCUACCACUGUCUGCGGCGCCGCCCGCAAUUUUUGCCGGAGUGCGGUCACGGCCAGUGCAUGAAUUGCGUCAAGGUGUUCGGCGUCGUGAGUGCGGCUGAUCCGUGGCUGGUCGAGGUCGACGAGUGCAUGCUCUGCGGACGAAACAUUGGUAUGCAGGUACGCGUGAAGCCGGACACCGCGUCGAUCCGGGUCCUGUGUAUCGACGGCGGCGGGACGCGUGGGAAGUACCCUCUCAAGCUGCUGAAGCAGCUCGAAGACGACAUCGCCCUGCCCAGCCACCCGGUGCAGCAAAACUUUGACGUAAUCUUUGGCACGAGCUCAGGCGCCAUCAGCGCUGGUGCUCUGUGCAUCAACGGCUGGACGGUGGACGAGUGCAUCGCCCGCUUCGAGUCUUUUUCGAACCACGCAUUCACGCCCCGCGGGGUUCCGUCCAUCCCAAUUAUAAGCUCUUUCAUGCGACUGAUGAUGCAGGUCCCUGUUUUUGCCACAGUUGUCCAGGCUGCAGCUGUGCUUCUUUUUGACAGCAGGUAUCCAUCGCAUCACAUCGAACAGGCCCUGCGAGACAUGUUUGGCUCCGACAAGAGCAUCGCCGACUACUCGGCCGCCGAUAAGAUGGGUGCCAUGGUCGGCAUGACGGUCGCUACCGUACACGACGCAAGCGCCUGCAUCUUCACGAACUACAAUGGAGCGGGCGAGCGGGGCGGGGAUCGCGACUAUGACUUGCUCAAGACGAGCGUCAAUGGGGGCCAGGUGGCUUUGUGGGAGAUCUAUUUCACGCCUUGGUCAAUUGACGGCCUCGGGACGUUCCAGGACGGUGGCUUGGUGGCCAACAACCCGUCUGCUAUCGCCUUGCAAGAGGUAGGUUCGAUUUUCCCCGAGGUCCCCGACCCAAGCCUUCUGGUCUCCGUGGGCACUGGCUCCUCAGCCCGCGUGUCUGACGGCGGUUGGCGGGACUGCUUUCCCCUCCGGCUGGCGCGGGCAUUCCUGAACCGCGACAAGAACGCCUGGCAGCGGGUCGUCGCACAAAAGAAGGUCGGUCGAUCGGGUGAGUUCUUCCGCUUUGAUGUCGAGUUCGACGGCCCCGAACCGCCGUUGGACAGCCUGUCCAGCUUCGACGACCCUGAUCGUGAUGAUGAGUGCACCUUUGAAGGCCUGCCAGCGCUGAGGCGUCUGGUGCUGUGUGCGAGGGCGGAGCUGUUCCUCUUUGAGCUGCGUGCCUCGCAACCGUACGUGUUUUCCGACGGGGGAUACGAGUGCUGCGGACACAUCCGUUGCAGGCUGGCUGCCGGCUCUGAAAGCCUGACAGAGUUCAUGCGGCAGCUCGCUAGAAGCAAGGCUCGUUUCCGCGUCGGUGGCCAUGAAGUAGAGGGCGACUUCGCGUCAUACCCGACGGCUUUUCCAGAUGGUCAUUUCCGCCUGGAGGUGAAGUUUCGCGUCACCAGUCUGCAGGAGUCGCUUAGCGUCUGCCUGUGGGAGACACCCAACGAGGGUCGCACUAUCAGCGGCUCGCCAUUCACAGUGCAGCAGCUGGUGCGGAGCCAAAAGCUGGAGCAGUGCUUCGGCACCUCGGACCACCGUAAGAAACGAUGUCGGGAUGAUGAUGAUGAAGAUGCUAGCCGUAAGCGACCGAGAUUGAAGCGGUAG